GUAGCCUCAAUCCUGUGCGUGCAGAGGUCGGAGCAAGCUGGCGUGCAGCUGCGGGGCUUUGGUGUGCGGCGCUGUGCUGUUAACCCGCGCCACCUGUUUGGCGCGGCGCGCCUGGUGGGAGGUCGGUGGGGCCGGCCGCUCUCGCCCGCCGCCGGCAGUUGGCCGCAGCCUGCCCCAUGGCGCACUCGCUGCUACCUGUCCUGCUGCUGCUGCUGCCUCUGCUGGCCGCCGCGCAAUCCGAUGGUGACGACUGCUUGUUUGUUGAUGGACGAGAUGGCACUUGCAAGCCACUGCCACGCUGCACAGAGCUAUUUCAGCUGCUGCAGGCAUCACCCUCACGACAGACCAUAGAACUUCUUUCGCGCUCGAACUGUGGAUACCAGGGCAAGGUUCCAGUAGUCUGCUGCCCACAGCAAAAAAUCCAACCAAGUGGCUUUUCUUCCACUGAUGCUCUUCCUGCUCCUAUCUCAGAGCAGCCCAACGAUGUGAGUCUACAUCCAAGAGUGGGUCUUUUACCAUUCAGUGAAUGUGGGCAUGCAGAGAAUGAUCGAAUUAUAGGUGGAAAUGAAACAGGAUUAUUUGAAUUCCCAUGGAUGGCUCUCUUAGGCUACAAGACACGUGAUAAUAAGUUCUAUGGAUUCCGUUGUGGAGGAUCACUUAUUAAUGGGAAGUAUGUCUUAACUGCUGCCCAUUGCAUACCAAAUCCACAUGACCCUUCUGGAUUAAAACUAUCCACGAUAAGACUGGGAGAGCAUGACCUAAGAAGCCCAAGAGACUGUGAAGACAAUGGGCUAGUUUGUGCACCAGAACCACAGGACUUUGAAAUUGAAUAUGCAAUAGCACAUCCAUCAUUCACGAAAGACAAACUUCAAAAUGAUGUUGGUCUUGUGCGUAUUCGAGGAGAAGCUCAAUUCACAGAGACAGUGAAGCCAAUCUGUUUACCAGUUGGAGAAGAGCAACAAUAUAUGAACCCUAACAAGAAGAGGAUGAUUGUUGCUGGCUGGGGAGUUACUGAAACAGGAACCAGCAGUUCAAAGCUUCUCAAAGUGACAGUUCCAGUUGUACCUGUACAAAGAUGUGCUGCAGCAUAUAAAAGAACUAGUGCAGUAAUUAACAUCAAACAGAUAUGUGCAGGAGGCUCUGAAGGGCGUGAUUCAUGUGCUGGAGACAGUGGAGGGCCUUUAAUGAUAAAUGAAAACAGUAACAAGGGUCCAGUGAUGGUGCAGUAUGGAAUAGUUUCAUUUGGCCCAAAGAAGUGUGCAUCUGAGGGCUAUCCAGGAGUGUACACAAGAGUGGCAUACUACAUGGACUGGAUACUUGACAAUAUGCAGCCAUGAAACUACAGUUUGUUUUCAUAAUGAAAAUGAAGACCACAAUUGUGAUACCUGUUGUAUAUAUGGCACUGUUUCAAUAGCAAUGACUGUUUUUAUUUAUUUUUGGCUGUAUUGUGUGAUCUUACUCUUGCUGUAGAGAUCCUUUACCAAGAUAUAGUGAAAUAUUUUCAGAGUGUAUAUUCUGUACAUAUCGUAAUUAUGCACCUCUAAUGAGGUGGUAUUUGUGAAGACUACAUCUCUAUAAUGUGGAUGACGCAAUACACUAAUCAGAAUGCUACAGGCAUAGAAUAUGCUGCCUUAUUUCACUCUCAUUAAUACUGAUUGUUUGUAACAACAAUAAAAUGGAAGUUUUUGAAAUAAGGUAAUUUGCCUGAAAAUUUCUGGCAGUACAUGAACUGUGUGAUUACAAGAAUAAGGUUAAAAGUACCUGGAACACAGCUGUGACAGCUGGUUAAAAGACUGGAUAACACCCUAAUUUAUCAUAUUAUAGUUAAGACAUGAUGUAAAACUGUUACUUUAGGUGCCUGCUUCUUCAGAGCAUUAUAAUCUUAAAUGCUCAUUGAAUAGUACACCUUUGUAAGAUAUAAAACUGCAGGAGCAGUACUGAUGAGCUUUCAAUGUUACAAGAAAUUUUUUUUGAUUUAUAUUACUGUUGAUCAUUGCAGUUUUCUUGCUUAUAAUGCAUGAAAGAAUGAAUGUUUCUUCACAAAAUAUACCUCCAAUUUUAUUUAUAUCAAAUGCUGUUGAUUGUGAUACUAACAUUAUGUGAUAAAUGUGUGUUGUGAUAAAUAAACUUAAUGUCUGAUCUUCAUUAUUUUCACUAAAACCACUGUGAACUAAGAAACAAAAUUAACUGAAUAAGUAUUAUCUAAAUCUAUUUUUGUUAGAAAUACAUACAAUCCAAAAAGAGUGUGGAUGUGUCAUUCCUCUGUUCACAGAUUAUUUGUACUAUUAUACUGUCUAGCCAGUGAAUUGGGUAAUUUUGAGAACCUAAAAUUGUUGCUCAUCAGCUGCUUGUUUAACAUUGAGAGAAUAAGAGAUAAUUUUUGUUUUUAAAUUGUUGUACUCAGAUUUACAUCUCAACAGUUGAGGGAUUUAAACUUGAUAAUAUUGUGUUUACAUUGUUAUCUAAUUGACUCAUUUAUAUUAAUAUAUAUUCAUGUGACAGAAAAGUAUAAAUUUUUUUAAGGUGUGAAAUUACGAAUAUUAACACCCGAACUAAGCUUAAACUGUUACAGUAUUAGUUAGAAUUUAGGUAAGUUCCAGUUAAUUAUUUAAACUAUCAGUACAGUUUCAGAAAGAUAGCCAAAUGAGACUCUGAUAAUAAUUCAAGGAUCAUCUCUUCAGAGUGAAAACCCUACUGGAGCAUUACAAUAUUUGUGCAAUAUCAGGAUACUAGUUAGCAAAAAUCUGUUCAACCAAUAAAAAGGAUAAUCUGCAACAAACUAUUGGGGGGGGGGGGGGGGGGGGGGGGGGGGGGGCGGCACUAAUAAUCCCAAGUGAAAGAGACAGUCAGCUCAAUGCUUAGAGAGCUUUUAAUUUUGAUUACAUUGUGGAGAUUAAUUAUCCUAAACAGCUAUAGUUAUAUUGAAGCUAAAGUUUCUUUAUAUUCAUAACAGCAGGACUACAUUUCACAACAGCAGUAUAAGGCGUGCUUACUGAAAGGGUUCUGGGUGUGAAUAUGCAUUAAAUUCUUGAUAUGGUUUUUUUCAUCAAAUUUGUAUAAAUUGGUAAUACUUCCAUAUUAACCUUUCCAAAAUGUGAAAUAUCUGAGGUAAUAUGAAAUAACUUACAUAUAGAAAUGGUGCCCUUAUGUAGUAUUUAAACAGUGCAACUUUUACAAUAAAAUAGAUAAUCGACAUGCUUUCUCAUUUAGAAAUGGCCAGAGUACAGAAGACAUUGUAUGUUUAACAUGGACAGGAAAAAUCCUGAAUUUAAUUCACCAAAAUUUUGUAUCCUCUCAUACCAGCUGCUUUCAGUAAUUGUUUUUACUGUCCAUAGCAUUGAUAAAAUAAGAGAUUAAUAAAUUACUCUUUAGUAGAAGAAUGAAAGACGCCUAAUCUGUAUUAUAAUUGUAAGUUAUUUUAAGACAAUGUAGAAGCAGCAGAUGAGAAAUUACACUCCAUUUGAAAAUACCCCAACAGCAUUGUGGAACUCUGUGUUCCCUACGAUAAAUAGUGGUAAAUUUCAACACAAAAUAAGAUGGAUAACAUUUGCAGUUAUCUCUUAUAAUAAGUUUAAUAAAAAAAUUAUAUUAGGGUCCUUGAACAUAAAGUGGCCCAAUAGUCUCACUUGGCCACCUAUAAUGUGAAUGAAAUUUUGCAUGGGUGUUUCUCUAUUGAAGUGUUCUGCAACUGGUGUACCUUCACAAAGUCAAAGGUGUCAUUGCAAAGUUUUACAUAUUACUGUAAGAAGAUAAUUAAAUACAUGCUGAUGACUGCUAUAUUUUCAUAAGAAUUAAAUGUAAUUUAUUUACUCAU